ACACAGGGCUCCACUUCCACAGUGAGGAGGCAGAAUGACAGCUCUGUGGUAGAAUUUAUCCUUUUGGGGUUUUCUAACUUUCCUGAACUCCAAGCACACAUGUUUGGGGCUUUCCUGGUUAUUUAUCUGGUGACCCUGAUGGGAAAUGCCCUCAUUAUCUCUGUCAUCCUCCUAGACCAGAGCCUCCACAUCCCCAUGUACCUGUUCCUGCAGAACUUGUCUGUUGUGGAAGCAAGCUUCAGUACAACCAUCACACCUGAAAUGCUAGUGGUCCUGUCCACUGAGAAAACAACCAUUUCCUUUGGAUGCUGUUUUGCACAGAUGUAUUUCAUCAUUCUUUUUGGUGGGACUGAAUGCUUUCUCCUGGGGGCGAUGGCUUAUGAUCGAUUUGCUGCAAUCUGCCAUCCUCUGUCCUACCCAGUGAUUAUGAACCAAAGGGUUUUUAUGAAAUUAGUGAUGUUGUCGUGGGUCUCAUGGAUCAUGGUGGCUACUGUGCAGACCACCUGGGUGUUUAGUUUUCCCUUUUGUGGCUCCAAAGACAUUAAU